AUGUUCACCCGAGCCGUGACGAGAAAGCGAACCGAAUGGGCCUUUGGUCUCGCCGAGUUAACGGCAACAAGGGCAUUCAAGUCGCCAUACCCAGCUGACCGUCAAGACGGUUCAGAGGCUAAUCAAGACCAGGAAUUGGGAGACCCAAAUGUGGCGGGCAGUCAUGCAGGCACCCUUAUUAUUCCCCAUGGGCUACCGCAGACACCGCGAGAGCCAAUUCGAACUUCAUCGGCUUUGCUUCAGCCUAAAGUACCUAGUAGUAUCAGCCGACCUCCCAAAUACGAAGCCGAUGUUAUCUAUCCGUACAGGACAUCGCUCUCGGCCAAUGUGUUCAGUGUUAUGUUUCUGGACCAGGCGUCCGGCGAGAUUCAAGGCUCGUUGCCAGAUCGACAUGAAGCCUGA